GACCGGAAGUAGCUUUAGCUUGUAUCAAAACAAGAUAUGAGCAUUCACGAAAUGAAGGCGAUUUUGCUAACAUGUGGGAGUUUCGCACUCUCAGCUGCCGUUGUUGGCAAUGCAUUUUAUCAGAAGAAGCAGUUUUACCCGUCUGUUGUUUAUAUCACCAAGUCAAAUCCCAGCAUGGCUAUCCUGUAUCUUCAAGCUUUUGUGUUUAUUGUUCUGAUGGGCAAGCUGUUCAGGAAGAUCUUUUUUGGUCAGCUAAGGGCUGCUGAAAUGGAGCAUCUGAUAGAACGGUCCUGGUACGCUGUGACAGAGACGUGCCUGGCGUUCACGGUGUUCCGGGAUGAUUUCAGCCCAAAGUUUGUGGCGGCUUUCACUCUGCUGCUCUUUCUGAAGUGCUUUCACUGGCUGGCGGAGGACAGGGUCGACUAUAUGGAGAGAAGUCCUGUCAUAUCCUACCUCUUCCAUAUCAGAGUUGUCAGUUUGCUGACAUUCCUGUCCGUGGUUGACGCCUACUCCAUAAACUAUGCCUAUUACAGUACCCUCUCGAAAGGAGCCUCUGUACAGCUGGUUUUUGGCUUUGAGUAUGCAAUAUUGUUAACGAUCGUGAUGAUGGCAGUAAUGAAGUACUUCCUUCAUUCCGUCGACCUUCAGAGCGAGAACCCCUGGGAAAAUAAGGCUGUCUAUCUACUGUACUCGGAACUCAUUCUAGGUUUUGUGAAGGUGAUCCUGUACAUGAUGUUUAUGGUGAUCAUGAUCAAGAUCCACACAUUUCCACUGUUUGCCAUUAGACCCAUGUACCUCUCUGUCAGGAACUUCAAGAAAUCCUUACAUGAUGUGAUAAUGUCCAGGCGUGCCAUCAGUCAGAUGAACACACUGUACCCAAAUGUUACAGAGGAGGAGCUAGCCCAGGGAGACAACGUGUGCAUCAUAUGUCGAGAGGACAUGGUCACCACCUGCAAGAAGCUGCCAUGUGGCCACAUCUUCCACACAUCAUGUCUGCGCUCCUGGUUCCAGCGCCAGCAGACCUGUCCCACGUGUCGAAUGGAGGUGCUCCGGAUGGCCCAGCCCCGCCCCCAGGCCCCACCUCCCCCACAACAACCGCAGCCACAAAACCCCUUCCAAAAUAUGUUUGGAGCGGGUAUGCCCCCUGCAGGUGGGGGAGGAUUCCCGGGAAUGCCCCCAAUGUGGCCUCCCCAGCAGGCCCCUCCCAUGCAGGCCCCACCCACCCAGGCCACACCCACAACAACGCAGGCAUCCCAGCCUGCACCAGGCAUGUAUCCCAGCCAACCGUCAACCCCUAUGAUGCCGCCAGGCACCACCGCCCCACCCCCAACACCAUUACCAGGGCAAACUUCACCCACUAUGCCUCCCUUUAUGCCUGGCAUGUUUCCACCUAUGUUUAUGCCUUACAGUUUUCCUCGUCCCCCUACGAGUAUGUCUGGCCUGACUGCGGAGGAGUUGCUGGUUAUGGAGGGGACAGAGAGAGAGAAUGUGGAGGCACGUGUCCAGUGGUUACGAGAUAUACAGGCCCUCCUCGAUGGGGCGAUGGUCCUUAUGCAGCAGUAUAACACUGUUGCUGCAAGUUCAAGCAUCCCUGGUAUAAAUGUGACAGCACGGCCAGAGCCAACAACACUGGGCCCAGAUGUGAGAAGCCGUGGGACUGCCCCGAGCCCAAGCACUUACAGUCCAAUCCCGACACCAACAGCAGAAACAGGCGCACGGCCGAAAUAUAGCAGUCCCACUAAAAACACUUUAAAUAGCCCACCUAGUAGCAGUAAUUUAACACAAAAUACAGGAAAUCCACCAUCAGAAGGGGCGUCGGGUUUUACACCAACAACGGAUGAGUAUAUUCCAGAGUGGGAGGAUCCUCGAACAGAGGAACACGUUGAUGGCAUGGACGAGGUACGGAGACGCCGGCUGGAGAAAUUCCUUAGUGACUCGUCCUCAAAAGACAAGUGUUCACAAGACAAUCAGUCCGACACAGGCAGCUAAUCAUGGUGCUACCCUUGUUGUGAACUCUCAGAAACUCAUAGAUCUAGGAUUUGUGUGAUAUGUUGCCUUAUUGACAACUUACAAGUCACUGUUUCAUAGCAGAGCAUGCAUACCGUGUGUGUAAUCCAUUCAUCUUACCGUGAUCAAUGUUUUUAAAUGUUCAGGAUUUUGGUGAAACUACAUGUGUGUAUGUGAUUGAUGCAUAAUGUUGAAACCUUUUGAAACAGUUCUGAUUUUGUAUGAUAUUGCUGUUUAGAGGUUUUAUUAAAGGAACAAAAACAAAACAAUGGUACUGGGUAUGUUUUGUUAUAAAUUUAAGGUAUCAGGCAUCACAUUCUGUUUUUUUUUAUGUUUUUAAUUAGAUCUUUCAUUCAUUUUCCAACAAAAAUGUAUCUAAAACAUUUAUUGAUAGUAUUGUGUUUCAGCAAAACUUAUAAAAAUUAUUUAUAUUUGUAUUUUUAAGUUCUUUUAAAAAAAUAAAGAUACUGUAAUGAUAAAAAGCCCAAGCAAUAAUAUCAAUUGUGGCUGGAUUGCCAUAAACAAUUUAAUCGAAUCUUUUGUUUUGUUAUUAUUUUGUUAUAUAUAAUUUUAUCUGAAAUUAAAUACUGAAAAAAGAUACAA